CUAAGAUUAGAGUAAUAGGUUUUCAUUACAUGAGGUCAUACGACACGAUAAGUAAAUACAUUAAAAAUGUCUUGUGGGCUGUCAUGAUUGUGCAUCGGUAUAUGUUAGUCACACCCCAAGCAGUUGAGGAAGGUUCAACAGAUAGUACAUGGAAAUAUUUUCAGGGUUGCCUAGGUGCACUUGAUGGCACAUACAUCCACUUACAAGUCCCGACAGUAGAUAAGCCUAGAUAUCGCUCAAGAAAAGGUCAUAUUGCAACAAAUGUAUUGGCCGUAUGUGAUAGAAAUGAGCGGUUUGUGUACGUUUUAACUGGAUGGGAAGGGUCUGCAGCUGAUGGGCGUGUGUUGAAAGAUGCAAUUAGCAGAGAGAAUGGUUUAAAAGUCCCAAUUGGUUCCUAUUAUUUGUGUGAUGCUGGUUACACAAAUUGUGAAGGAUUUCUAGCCCCGUAUCGUGGAUUUAGAUACCAUAUUCGAGAAUGGGAGGCUGGUCAAAGAGUAGCUCAAAAUUAUAAAGAGUAUUUCAACACGAAACAUGCUAAGGCGAGGAACGUUAUUGAGCGCGUGUUUGGACAACUAAAAAGCCGAUGGGCCAUUUUACGUAGUAAUUCAUAUUAUCCAGUUGAGACCCACAACAUGAUAAUCAUGGCUUGCACAUACUUGCAUAAUUUUAUCAAGGAUAACAUGGAGUAUGAUCCUGUUUUGGGUGAUGAGGAAUACAUCGUUCAGCUUGAGCAAAUAAUGGCAGCUAAUGAUGGUGAACAUGAAGAAUAUAUUGAAGUUGUUGAAUCAUCACAAGCUUGGAGAGUUAUGAGUUCCUCACAUAACAACAACUUUCCAAGACCCCCUGAUCUUCCAAUGGUGCCCUCUCAUGCCCCGAAUAAGGAAAGAAGAAUUUGGACGAUUGAUGAAGAAUCUGCCCUAAUUGCAAUUAUGAAAAAAUUAGUUGCAAAAGGUUACCGCCAGGAUAAUGCAUUCCGAUCAGGUUAUCUUGAAAUGAUUGAGAAAGAGUUGAAAGUUUGGUUUCCUGGAACUGAUUGA